AUGGGCCGCGUGUUAAGCUUCGAUAACAAUCGCCAUCCUUAUCGCCAGCGCCGCCAUCUGCGCGACCCGGAUCGGGAAUACCGGCCCCAAAACGCCGCCCGGACCUCUCAUGACCAUCAACAUUCGCCCUGCAAUCUUGUUGGAGCAGCGCAUUCUGAUCUACACCUUUGUAAUGUCGGCAGCAGCCCCGGCGGGAUGCGCGGGAGGUCUUUGAGAGUGGUGGAGCUAGGCCUGAGGAGCUUCCUUCGCACCGUACUUGUCUACCGUCUCUGUCUUGCAUUGGCAACGCCGCCCGUGGCCGCCGCAGUUGGAUUUGAAGAGCCGUUAAACAUCGACGAUUAUUUGGUUGAAGACUGGUUACCUUCGACAACUCAGCCUUAUACUGAACGGGGAACGCUCGCUGCUCAGGAGUUGACCCAUGAUACUUUUCUAACUCAGCCUUCGCGUUUUUUCGAUGAUCAUUUUCAUACGCACGGAGAGUUCUCACUUUUAGAUGGAACAGUAGCCCAAAGUGAUGCAUCGCCACCAAGAGAGCGUGAGAAUUCUAUGAUUGUCAAUGAUGCGAAUACCCUCCAAGAACCAGUUGCACGAGUCGUUAAUCAGGACGAAAACUCCCAUUCUGUACGGGGGGAAGGCUCAAGAUUCAUACUAGGGAAACACUCAAGAGACGAACCAACACAUGAAGUAGAUACUCCACUCCAAAGGCCCAAGAGAUUCAAGUGGAAUACGUUCGCGGAAUUAUAUAACGAUAGGAAACAUGUGACGGACGUUUAUCAACUCGCAGAGAAUAAAUUUCCGAUCGAAGAACGUCAUGAAGAUCCUCGGUUCAAACAACUCUUUAGAAAACAACUGGUGGAUAUGAACAUCUUGAAACCAAAUCACUAUCAGCCGAUAGCAACAGACUCAAAUAUCUUACCAAUCAGAAUCUACAAGCUGCAAAACUCACUUACGCAGACCGAAUUCCAAUACCAGAUUAGACUCUACAACGUCAAAAAAGAAAUCAGGGCACUACGGAAAGAAACCCUCUUCAAAAGAGCUGACUUGAUCGCCGAAAGUAUUUUCUUUUAUCACAAUUGGUUCAGGAACCCCGAAAAGAUGGCCACUACUUGGCCAAAUCCGCUAUGGGCGCCUCCCGAACAACUUUGA